CGUCCCCAGCAAGAACCGCGGAGGGACGCCACCCCGACAGAGACACAGAGAGAAACAGACUCCAUGAACUAAACCUUAAAAAAAAGUAGUAACCGUGGCUGGCGGCUGCGUAUAAAGUGUACCGUUGUGAGUACCUGCCCUGCACCUUCCCUCCGCCUUACUCUAGUGGCUGUAACACAUUUGGUUCAUAGUACAGAAGGCAGACCAGGAGGUAAGGAGUGGAGGGAAACGCCGGCAUGGCUACAGAAUCCAUGAAGUCCCCAGUGCGGCCUCCCCCGGGCCCGCACCCCGUGGCUCCGGCCCUGAGGAUGUCCCUGCCCACUAACUACCGCCAAGUGGCCAUGAUGGGACCCAGCCCCACCCCUGGACCGACACAUGUUUACAUGCCCGCGUCUCCCAUGAUGAGCAACAUUUUAAAAGCCUCCACGGUCACCUCCUCCUCCUCCUCCUCUUCCAACUCUACUGGAAAUGGAGGUACUGGGAGUUCGAAAGACCGGCUGGCGCGCACCCCGUCAGCCCCAUCGUCAUCUAAGGGUGUGGGGGAGGCCAAUGUUCCCAGCCCCUUCUCCACCCCUGUCCACGGCAACCCCUCCUUCAAUCCACAGAAAAUGGGAACCGGCAAAGGGGGGCACAGUGGAGAAGGUCGCAUUCCCAAGCCACCCAAAGCCCCGGACAAGCCACUGAUGCCCUACAUGAGAUACUCCAGAAAGGUGUGGGACCAGGUGAAGGCUGCCAACAAUGACCUUAAGCUGUGGGAGAUUGGCAAGAUUAUCGGGUCCAUGUGGCGUGACCUUCCUGAGGCGGACAAGCAGGAUUAUGUUGACGAAUAUGAGACGGAGAAGGCGGAAUACACUAAGGCACUAGAGGCUUACCACAGUAGUCCGGCUUACCAACAGUACCUGGCCGCCAAGAACAAAGGUUCCGCCGCACUAGAGGAGAAGGAAAUCUUGGAGCGGUCAUCCUCGGCAGCCACCACGGGCACCAAGCUUGACCGCCGCAUUGACAUCCAGCCGGCCGAGGAUGAGGACGAUUACGACGACGGGCUGAGUGUCAAACAUGUGUCACACGCCCGGUAUCUGCGCAACCAUCGCCUCAUUAAUGAAAUCUUCUCGGACACUGUGGUUCCCGACGUCCGCAGUGUUGUCACCAGCCAGCGCCUGUCUGUUCUGCGCCGACAAGUCCAGUCCCUCACUAUGCAUCAGAAAAAACUGGAAACGGAACUGCAGCAAAUAGAGGAGAAGUUUGAAGCCAAGAAGAGGAAGUUUGUGGAGGCUGGCGAUAGUUUCCAGAGUGAGCUAAAGAAAGUAAAGGCUAUGGCCCCUAAACUAGACGAGACAUCCUUCACGUUAAUGGUGGAGAGACAGAAGGAGGUACUGCGGCGCGAGGCAGAGGAACGCCAACGCACCGCCCAGGGUCUGCCGCCACGUCCCGCCUCCACCUCCUCCCCCCAGACCACACCCUGCCACCCCGCCCAGCCCAGGGAGGAGGGCACAGAGGCAACGGGCCCAGUGCCACUCAACACUGCCACACCUGUUGAAGCUACGCCAUCCCCCGCCCUCCCUCAGGAAGGGAGCGAGUCAAACACAGAGGCCGAGACCACUAAGCAGGAAGCUGUCCCGAGCACCACACCAGCUGCCAACACCACCACCACUACCUCCACCACCACCUCCUCCUCCUCCACCGCCACCACCACCUCUACCACAUCAGCCUCCAUCACCACCACCACUACCGCCACUACCACCGCCGCCCCUCCCAGCACCUCCACUCCAGCAGUGAAUGGACCCACCUCUGCCGCCGCUGCUCUCUCCAACCCCACCCCAACUCCUACCCCUACUCCCACUCCAACCCCACCCCCACCCCAACCCCAACCUCAACCCCUCCUGCCACUGCUGCUGCAGCUCCCCCAGUGCCCCAGCAGUACCCCCCCACCACCCUGGCCACACAGACCCCACCCCAGCCAGCCCCUGCCCCACAGACUGCUGCCUCUGCCCCCCAUGAUGCCCAAACCCCAGCUGCACAAAUGCCCCAAGCCUCCACCCAUGCCCCUCAGCCCCCACAGCCCCACCAGGGCCCCAUCCCUGGCCCCACAGCAGGUCCCAUGGCCCCAGCAGGCGGCCCAGCCAGCGCCCCGGGUAGUGGUGCCCCGUCACACCCCCAGCCAGGCUCCAUGCCAGCCCACACCCCCACCCCAGGCAGUGUACCAACCUCAGCCAGCCAAGGCCCUGGCCCCCACACCCCAGCACCCACCGCGCCACAGAGCUAUGCCCCGCCUGGCACCACAGCUGGCCACGUUCCCCCCACCUCCACCCCCGGGCCGGCGACCCAUUCUAACUCAGCCCCCAGCAGCCCCAUGCCACCCCACCUCCCCCCCAGCCCUGCUCCUGCUGGCCUGGUGGGCCCUUCCUCCACACAGGCCCCCAUGUCCCCCCAUCCACCCCACAGCCCCAUGCCACCCCAUAGCCCCAUGCCACCCCACCCACCCCACAGUCCCAUGCCACCCCACCCACCCCACAGCCCCAUGCCACCCCACCCACCCCACAGCCCCAUGCCACCACACUCCUCUCAGCCCCCAAUGGCUCCCCAGCAGCCCACCCCACCACCCAUGGCCCAGCACACUGGCCCUGGACCCAUGGCCCAGCACCCUCCCCAGGGACAGAUGGUGGGCCAGCCUGCCCCCGGACAGGUGUCCAUGGCCGCCCACACAGCUGGCCCCAUGCAGCCCCACGGGGUCCCUCACAGUGCUGCUGGCCACCUGCCCCCUGGCCACAUGCCACACACCACCCAACCCAUGCCCCCUCAUGCUGCCCCCGGAGCACCUUCCCACAGUGCUCCAAGCCACCCACCUCCUCACACUGCCCCCGGCCACCUGCCGUCCCACACUGGCCCCGGCCACCUGCCCCCACACAGUACUUCUGGCCACCUGCCUCCUCAUAGUGCUGGUGGCCAUGUGCCUCCACACACUGUGGCUGGCCAUGGGGUGCCCCACACUGCUGCUGGCCACGGAGGCCCCCAUAGUGCUGGUGGUCACGUACCACCACACACUGCCACCGGCCACUUGCCGCCACACACUGUUGGUGGCCACGGGCCUCCCCACACUGCUGGUGGCCAUCCGCCUCACGGUGGGCCCGGCCUGCCUGCCAGCCCCAUGGCACCCCACGCAUCCCAGUCUGCCAUGGUCCCCCACCCCCCAACCUCCAUGGCCUCUCAUGGUGUCCCAGGCCACUCUGUGCCCAGCCCCAUGCCUCCUCACUCCAUGCCCCAACACUCAGCCCAGGGCCCCACCCCUAUGGCCCCACAUCCUUCCCAAGGCAACAUGCCCCCACAGGGUCCUCCCUAUGGCAACAUGAUGCCUUCCGCAGCCCCUCAUGGCGCCAUGCCCCCCGCCCCACCCCAGGGAGGCCCCAUGGGACCAGUGAUGGGUGGCCAGCCCGCCCCUAACUCCCCCGCACCGCCACAGCCCCAGCACCCCCCAUCAUAAGUGGUGGGACACUCUGCCACUGCCAGCCUGUGUGGCACCAGCUGGGACACCACCACUGCCACUGCCAGUCUGAGGAGGAGGAGGGUCUGAGUGUUGUGUUCUGCAGCGGAGUGAAGUGUCGUGCAGCUGUGUGGCCACGGUGGGCCACACAGGACAGGAUGUGAGGGAGUCAGGGCAACACAGGCAGGAGGUGCCCUGCUAGCUGGCCCUGAGGUCAGCCGUCCGGGAUGGUGAAUGCAGGUGUAUCCGACCCUGGCCGUAGCCCUGGCCUUGUGUGGUGGGUGGUGGUGGCCUGAGCAGGCCAGCGUUGGGUGUGCAUUACUUAGUAGUCAGUGGUCGGGUGUGGGAUUUAGUUUAGAUAAAUGAGUUUCUGUAUUAUGAUUUUGACAGACAGACAGACAGACAGACAGACAGACCGACCUUCACUGCAUCACACGGGCUGUCACUGCACACUUCAUCACUUCCCUCAUCACCAGCUACUGUUUGAGACAAAUUGACACAAUAAACAGAGGUGUAGCUAAUGAAUAGUACUGUACUUGUAGCAAUGGAGAGGGUAACCUGUUGCUCCUCCACCUCCUUCAAUGAUGCCUCACCUCCUCCUCUUCCUCCUUACCACUUCCUCUCAUUUUCCCUUCACCAGUGGAGGAAGAGGAGCAGGAACCACAUUGACAGCAGAUGUGUGGAGAAGCUUGCAUUAAAUCACUAUACUAUAAAACCACACCACUUCACUACUUUCCAAAGGCUCUAGUUGAAUUGACACAGGAUUUCAAGGGUGUUUUUGUGGUCCCAGUGACAGAUGAACAAGUUUUCUACAUUAAUGAGAGAAACACUCUUGAGAACCCGGAAUAGUCGUGGUGGGAGAGCAAGACUUUCUAAUACUGGAUUUGUAUAUCACAACAGUUAGGGAUAAAAUAUUUCACCAGGAGUUUUGAUAUUAUGGCUCAUCUCUUCUCUUCUUAACAUGCUUUAGUGGGAGUUGAUAAAAAGGUUUAGAGUAUUUUUAGGGUUCUAGUAAUAUUUUAGCUGGCUCUAGGGGAAGCUAUCGUGUUUUUCAAGUGUUUUAAUGAUUUUUGGUAUGUUUAACCACCUAUGACAUGUUUCCAUAUUUAUUCUGCUUACUGUUUGGUGAUUUUAUACAGCUUCAGUAACUCUUGUGGGGGAUUAGAAUAGUGAAGACUGUGGCCAUUAAUCUUCUGAACUCCAUAGACCCUUCCUGAUGUAAAUAAAAAGGUCUAAUUGUAUACAAAUCUCAAGGUAAAAAUGUGUCCCGGUACUGAAGGAGUUAAUCAGUAUUCUGCACAUAAGGAGGAAAAAUAACACCAGUGGAAACAUGACUUACCAUCUCUGUGGCUUGGAAGACAAUCUAAUGGAAAGAAUAAAAAAAAAGAUGUUUCAAAAUAUAGACGUUAUUUUGAGCAUAAGAAAUUAAUGGAGUUUUGUGUUAAGUUUAAGAGAACAUCUAAUUAAUCACUUUCUUGCACCUGAAUGUGGAGAAGCAGUACGGUGAAAGACAAGAAAUUGAUGAAAAGAGAAAAUUACCUUUUUUUUUUUUUUUUUUUUUUUUUUUUUUUACUUAUUCACUGGUGUUAGAAGUAUUAGGAUGGUAUUUAAUCAUCUAAACCUUUCAAAAAUACACGAUCUGAUGGUGUAAACAGAGAGAGAGAGAGAGAGAGAGAGAGAGCCUAGAUGGAUGCAUACAAAUGAAUAGAGUAGGUUACGUUUAGUAGAGAAUUUACAAUAUCAAGAGGUAUAAUAAACAAGUAAGGUAUAAUUUGUACUCUAUUGAAUAAAUAAAAACACGAAAAAAAAAUA